AUGGCGUCGCCGCUUCCUCCCACGUUCCAGCUCCUUCUGCCUCUCCUGCUCGCCGCCGUGCUCUCGCACUCCGGUUCAAACGCGGCGGCCCAAGUAGUGUUCCCCUUGGAAGCUCGCCCGACCAGCUCCGGCUACCUCCCCGUCGACGCGUCCACCAACGCGUCGUCCCUCUUCUUCGCGUUCUACGAGGCCGCCGACCCGCUCGACGCCGCGCCGGCCGACACGCCGCUGAUCCUCUGGCUCGAUGGCGGCCCGGGAUGCUCCGGCCAGCUCAGCAACUUCUUCCAGAUCGGGCCCUACUCCCUCGUCGUCACCUCCGGCGCCAACGGCUCCCUGUCGCCCAACCCGUUCGCCUGGAACCGCCGCUUCGGCCUAAUCUUCCUCGACAGCCCGCUGGGCACCGGCUUCAGCGCCGCGCCGUCGCCGGAGGCCAUCCCCACGAACCAGUCCGUCAUCGCGGAGCAGACGCUCGCGGCAGUCCAGGCCUUCUUCGCGCUCCACCCGGCAUCCUUCCGCGCGCGCCCCUUCUUCCUCGCCGGCGAGAGCUACGGCGGCAAGUACGUGCCCGCGGCGGCCACGCGCAUCCUCGCCGCGAACCAGGCGCUGCCGCUGGACAUGCGCGUGAACCUCCGCGGCGUGGCCAUCGGCAACGGGCUGGUGGACCCCGUGGCGCAGGUGGGCACGUUCGCCGACACGGCCUACUUCAUGGGCCUCAUCAACGCGCGGCAGCGGGUGGAGCUGGAGGCGCUGCAGUCCGAGACGGUGGCGCUGGCGAGGGCCGGACGGUGGGGCGAGGCGACGGACGCGCGCGCGCGGGUGCUGUCGCGGCUGCUGGAGGACAUUGGGAUGCCCACGCUCUUCGACGUGGUGAACGAGGGCCGGUGGCUGGACGCCGACGCACUGGACGCGUUCCUGAACAUGGGCGAGGUGAAGGCGGCCCUGGGCGCGACGGUGGACAACGUGGUGUUCCAGUCGUGCUCGGCGGCGGUGGCGGCGGCGCUGCGGGAGGACGGGAUGAGGAGCGCCAGGCCGGAGGUGGAGGAGCUGCUGCGGACGCCGGCGAUGCGCGUGCUGCUCUACGAGGGGAUCCGGGAUCUGCGGGACGGGGUGGCGUCGGUGGAGGCGUGGCUGGCCGCGGUGGAGUGGGACGGCAUCGCCGCGUUCCGGGAGGCCGAGCGCAGUGUGUGGCGCACCACCGGCGGCGAGGGUGAGCUUGCCGGGUACGUGCAGAGCCACGGCGCGCUGGCGCACGUCGUGGUGUAUGGGGCGGGGCACUUCGUGCCGGCGGGCAACGGGCGCGCGGCGCAGGAGAUGAUCGAGGACUGGGUGUCCCAGACUGGCAUCUUCGCUGGUGACCACGGCGGCGGCGGCGGGCGUGUGGCGAUGUGA